CUCUUCUGCUGGCGGGAACUCACCCUCGCUCCCAACAGGACAUAAUCAUCAUACGCGAAGGGCGGAUGCAGUGCCAGCCGCACAUACAGUCGGAUGAAGAAGCUGGCCAGUGAAAGCACCAGGCCCAUCGCACCGUUGAUGAUGAUCCACGCUCCGUGAUGCAAGUCGUCCACCACCUGGAAGGGGGCCGACUGUCCUGGGGGGAUAUCCGGACUCAUGGUCGUGGCUGAGGAAGACAGGAAGAUGGACGCAAAGACCACCACCCACAACAUUGGCCGUGAUGGCGGGGUUAUAUCCAUACCUUACCAUAUAUCAUGCAAGCUAGAUCAGCUAAGAUAUGUACAUGAUGCGCUUCCAAGAGCUUGCUCUCCUCCAGAUACACCGGUCUUACAUACUUGAAUGGAUGGCAAUUUCGGGGGGAAGAAAAGAAAAGAAAGGAUGUCAAUCAAAAAGCCGGUCCGCUGCCUCGCCCACCUACAAUGAGCCAAUAUCCCUCGCGACAGAGGUCCUGACACACAGCAUCUCCCGACUCACAUCAAACCGACCAGCUGUAUGGACAAGAGCUCGAUGCCGAUCCAGACCCCCCAAUUUAGGCUGCAUGGCUGCCCACGUUAAUGACGACGAUCCGUCAGGCGGACGAAUGGACACGACGCGGCUGGGGGCGAUGGGCGAUGGGCGAUGGGCGAUGCCUAGCCAGACUCCUGCUGUCACACCCAUCGCCAUUAUUGCGGUGCGCGCAUCAGACUGGACAUCGUCCAAUAUCCGUCCAGGCCCACGUUACGCAUCGGCUGAAGGACGCUCGUCGGUGAAACGAACGUGGGGGAGGCCCAGAGAGACUGCCUCGUUUUCGUUUUCUGCCCGGGAGGCCGGUUGCCUUGUCCGUUUACUCUUUUCGCUCGUCUCUCUGUUGGACUUUCACAGGGCUGUUGUUAAUGAACCUGUCGACCAUUGAGAAAUGAGGACUGAGAAGUGGAUGUCGCUACAAUUUGGACUGGACGUCGUUGUCUCCAAAUCAUCGCAGCAGUUUCGAGUCCACGUCGUGACCGGAUGCGAGCUCGUAUCAGGAUUCCGAAUUAAAGGGAGAAAAAAGCAAAACCUGUUCGAUCGCUAUUUGAAGCUAGCCAAUGCACACCUGCAAUGCAAGGAUCGACC